GUCAACGACUCAACGUCCUUUCCUAAAAUUGUCGUCUUGCUUAGGAGGGGCAGCCGUGCCCUAAUUCUCUCCCAUUUCGCAACGGAAUUACAAAUCCCAGACCCCAAAAACGAACGCACACAACAUUUAGAACCGAAGCAAAAUAUAAACGGGAAAUAGGUACAAAUAAUCGUUGUUAUUUACAUUGCCUAAUCCUACAUCGUCUGAUUCUUUGGGUGCACAUAUUUGUGCUACUCUUGAUGGGUGCUCCUAAGCAGAAAUGGACCCAAGAAGAGGAAGCUGCACUUAAAGCUGGGGUUAUUAAGCAUGGAGCUGGAAAAUGGCGCACGAUACUCAAAGAUCCAGAAUUUAGUGGUGUCUUGUAUCUGCGUUCAAAUGUAGAUCUCAAGGACAAGUGGAGAAAUAUGAGUGUAAUGGCGAAUGGAUGGGGCUCCAGAGAUAAGGCAAGGUUAGCUGUAAAAAGGGUGCCACAGGUCCCUAAGCAGGAUGAGAACUCCAUAGCUCUCACUACUGUUGUUCAUAGCGAUGAAGAUAUUGUGGAUGCUAAGCCUCUUGUAGAUUCUAAUGAUACACUGAAGGUUCCUGUUCCAAAGAGAUCUAUUGUAAGGUUGGACAAUCUUAUAUUUGAGGCUAUAGUCAAUUUGAAGGAGCCCAGUGGUUCUAAUAAGACAACUAUUGCUACAUACAUUGAGGAACAAUAUUGGGCACCGACAGACUUUAAGAGGUUGUUGUCAGCAAAAUUAAAGUAUUUGACAGCAAAUGGAAAACUGAUUAAGGUUAAACGCAAGUAUAGGAUUGCACCUAGUCCAGCAUUCCCAGAUAGAAGAAGAAAUCCUUCCAUGUUACUCUUGGAUGGAAGGCAGAGGGUUUUUCCAAAAGUUGAAAAGGAUGAUACUCAUAUGCUUACAAAAUCCCAGAUUGAUUUAGAGUUAGAAAAGAUGAGGAAUAUGACUCCACAAGAGGCUGCCGCAGCUGCUGCUCAAGCCGUUGCUGAAGCAGAAGCUGCUAUAGCAGAAGCUGAAGAGGCUGCAAGAGAGGCUGAGGCAGCAGAAGCUGAUGCAGAAGUGGCACAAGCUUUUGCAGCAGCGGCAGUGAAAACUUUGAAAGGAAGAAGCAAUCCGAAAAUGAUAGAAGCUCUGCUAGAUAUUUCCAUAAGCAGGCUUUACAGCAAAAAGGGAGAUAAAUUUAAGAGAAGGACAGAUGUUCCCCACUUACAGAUGUUUGAAAGGAAAGCCGAUCACAAAUUUUCAUAUUUCUAUGUACUUAGUGGCAGCAACUUGUUCUCUCUUUUCUUUCUUUUCUUGAUCCAGGUUUCUCAUCCUACUCUGUUUUUUUAGAAAAUAUAAAUCUCAGAUUGAAAGGAAAAAAGAAACUUCCCUAUCGAAUACCAACAUUCCAUCUUCUUCUGUUUUUGAUCUUGUUUUCUCAAGCUUUUGACUAAUUUACAUUUUCUGAAAGUACAUGCAGAUGAUCCGAGCUUGACCUAAAUUAAUAACUUCGCAAAAUGGCCAGCAAGGAGUGUAAUGAACUGGAGCAUAUUUCUGACCCACAAGAAAGGGUCAGAGUUCUUUUUGUUCGGGAGCUAGAUGCAUGCUUGUCUUCUGCUGACAAAAGCCCGGCGGUGCCUGUAUUUGUAAAUAUGUGAAGGCGAUUCCUUGGCCGGCCUAAUCUGGAUUUACCUUGUCAGGAAAUCCUGUUCAUCCAGUACCUUUUCUUUUGUAGAUUUGUGUUUAUAUUUCCGAAAAUGCUGGUUCUUGGCCAAUAUUUGCCACCUUUUGUGAACUUAGAAAUUGCAGCUAAAUGUAGAAACUAGAGUGCAUAAAAGAAAUUGAAAGAGAUGGAUUUUCUUCUGAUA